GGCGAGCACAUCCGGGUACGAGGCCCAGAACAGGGCGGAGGAUAAAGCGCGAGCGAGGCAAGGGGAGAGCGGUGACGAGUGAAAGGGAAGUUCAAAGCCUUAUAUUCCCUUCCGCGCUAUUGCUCACUGUUUCCGGCGUCCCGCUUUGUAUCUAAGAUACUGAGAAAAAGGCCGGAACAGUCCUAUGACCGAAAAAGAGGGAAGGGAGAAAAGGACUGUAUUGCUUUCUGGAGUCGUUAGAAAUGCUCCCGAGAAGCCCGUCCCUCGCAGACCACAUCCCGCGCUUUAGCUGCCCCAAUUCUUUCUCCUCCCACAAGUAGCAGAACGAGCACGACCAUCUUCCCCUUGCCGGAAAACGUGUGGCGCCCCUUGGGUCCCGAGAGAAGUGGAGCAGCCCUCAGAGGGGCGAGGCGCAGUCGUCUCGGUUAACGGCGGCGGUAGGGCGUCUCCUUCGCCCCCACCGCGUGUGGACGGUUGUCCGUGGGAGAGGCGCUUCCUUUAAGAGCAGUGUUUCAUGUCAGAAUCAGCAGUUUUAGAUCAAUGUGCAUGAUAUAUCACUAUGGAAAACUUUAUUUUGUAUGAAGAGAUUGGAAGAGGAAGCAAGACAGUGGUUUAUAAAGGCAGAAGAAAAGGAACCAUUAAUUUUGUGGCAAUUUUGUGCACGGAUAAAUGCAAAAGAGCUGAAAUAACAAACUGGGUGCGCCUUACUCAUGAAAUAAGGCACAAGAACAUUGUAACAUUUCAUGAAUGGUAUGAAACAAGCAACCAUCUCUGGCUUGUGGUGGAAUUAUGCACAGGUGGAUCACUAGAAAUGGUAAUUGCUCAGGAUGAACACUUACCUGAAGAUGUUGUGAGAGACUUUGGUAUUGAUUUGGUAGCUGGACUUCAUCAUAUUCAUGAGCUUGGAAUUCUUUUCUGUGACCUUACACCUGGAAAGAUUCUCUUGGAAGGACCUGGUACUCUAAAGUUCAGUAGUUUCUGUUUGGCUAAAGCAGCAGGUGAAAACAUGGAAGAUUUUUUCGCUUUAAUUGGAACAGAGAAGAGGGGCAGUGAUAGUGAUGAAAACACAGAACAAAGUCUAAAAAAGAAACUGACAGGUUCACUUACGUAUGUUGCUCCAGAAGUUAUAAAAGGCACUGACUUCUCUGUAGCCAGUGAUUUGUGGUCCUUGGGAUGUUUGCUGUAUGAAAUGUUUUCAGGAAGACCACCAUUCUUCUCAGAAAGCCUCACUGAAUUAGCAGAGCAGAUUUUACAUGAAGACCCUUUUCCACUUAGACAGAGAGGAUCAGCAAUUCCAAAACCAGUUUCAGACUUCCACAAUUUGCUUGAGUCUUUGCUUCAGAAGGAUCCUCUGAAGAGAUUGACAUGGCCACAGCUGUUGCAGCAUCCUUUCUGGAAAGAUGCUUUUUCACAAAUUCCAAGUGGAUCUCUCUCCAGACAAGAUCUGAUGUCUAGCAGUGAAAAUGCCAAGUUAUUUGUACCAGGAAGGUCUGAGGAUGAAUUAAAGGGGGAAGAAUCACCAGAAAUUACAUCUCCAGGAACAGAAAACAAGCAAUUAAACAGAUCUUUCAAGAUGGAAAAUCCAGGAGAAUUGCGCCCUAAAAGUGCUAUAGAUGGUGAAUUAAAUGAAUCUAUAUUUCUGCUCAGUUCACGACCCACCCCUAGAACUAGCACGGCAGUAGAAAUAGAACAACAGCUGCAGCAUUAUUUAUCUCCAGAUUCUUUACAGAGAUCAUCUACUUGUCCUUCAACAAAGGCUAAAGACAUAUUCUGUGUUCAGCAGGAUAUCGAGUCCAAAGUGAAAGAACUUAUCUACACAGAGUCUGACCUUACUGUGACUUCUAUUAUUGACAAUCCAAAGAUAAUGAAACAAGUACCAGUAAGAUUUGACAUGAAGAACUUGCAUAUUCCAGCAUAUUCAGCUGAGAAACUGUUGAUGCUGAAAGAAGCAGAAUUGAAUGACUUUUUGCAACAUGUAUGUGAGCUGGUUGACUCCCCAGAGAAGACCACUGGAGUAGCCAGAGUUAAGCUGAAUUUGCUUUGCUAUCUGUGUACUCUUGUUGCCAAUAAGAAAGUAGCAACUAGGUUAAUCAGCACAAAAUUGUUCCCUGUGCUAAUACAGCAGUUGCGGAUUGCUCCAAACUGGGAUAUACGUGCCAAAGCUACCCGAGUGAUUGGUUUACUGGCGUUGCAUACAAUUCAACUUAAAGAUAAUGUUCCAGUUAUAGAGGCAAUCACUCUGUUAACUGAACUGGUCCGAGAAAAUUUCAGGAACAGCAAACUAAAACAGUGCCUUUUGCCUGCUCUUGGGGAGUUGCUUUAUCUUGUGGCCAGCCAAGAUGGGAAGAAAGAGCACUCCAGAGAGCACUGGGUCCUUCCUUCAGCUGCUUACACUGUGCUAAUGAGGUGCCUUCGGGAAGGGGAAGAAUGUGUUGUAAACCAUAUAGCAGCAAAGAUUAUUGAAAAUGUAUGCUCCACUUCCUCUUCCCAUGUCCAAGGAUUUAUCACUGGAGAAGUUGGACCUCUUUUGUGGCAUCUCUCUCUGCAUUCAACCAUAGAUUCUUUUAGAAUAACUACUAUUUCGGCGUUAUGCAAAAUAACUCACCACUCACCUAGUGCUUUCCAGAGUGUGAUUGAAAAGGUGGGAUUAACAGCUGUAAUACACUCUUUGGCAACUGGAAUAUGCAAAGUUCAGCAGUACAUGAUGACUAUGUUCUCUUCUAUGUUGUCUUAUGGAAUCCAUUUGCAAAGACUCGUUCAAGAAAAGGAUUUUGUGACUACAGUUAUUCGAUUAUUUGAAAGUCCUUCUUAUGAUAUUCGAGCAAAAGCUUUUUUAGUUCUAUUGCAGGUUUUAAUUAAUAAUAAGGAGAUGCUUCCUCUGUGCUGCCAAGCAAG